UCCGGUUUCUCUCCACUGCCUCCAUGAAAUCAGCUCUAAUGGGCAGUAUCAAACUCCCUUUCUCUCAACUGGGGUUCCAGAAAAAGCCAUGUAUUUCACUUCCUGUGAACAAAAAGAUUGGGACUUUAACAAUAACUUGUGGGUUAAGAGAUGGAAGCAGAAAGCCCGUAAGGCAGUCUAGAAUUUUGUCAACAGAAGCCAUCCAGGCCGUCCAUGCCAUGAAACUUGCCAAGUCAAGUUCAAAACUUGAAGAGGUUUUUCAUGGCAGAGUCUCCAGGCUUCUCAAAACUGACUUGUUGGACACUUUAACUGAGUUGCAGAGACAAAAUGAAUUAGAGUUAGCCCUCAAGGUCUUCCAUUUUGUGCGGAAAGAAGAGUGGUAUAAGCCAGAUCUGUCUUUAUACUGUGACAUGAUUCAAAUGUUGGGAAAGAACGAACUAAUAACAAGUGCUGAAGAGCUUUUUUGUGAACUCGAAAAAGAAGGUUUGGAACCUGACACAAGGGCUUAUACCGAAAUGAUUGGAGCGUAUCUGCAAGUGGGCAUGAUAGACAAGGCAAUGGAGAAAUAUGGAGCAAUGAAGGAAUCAGGCUGUGCUCCAGAUAAAUUAACAUUGACAAUUUUGAUCAGGAAUCUUGACAAUUCUGGAGAAGAAGAGCUGGCAGAAACUGUAAGGAAAGAAUGUGCUCAAUAUGUUGAUUAUCCUGAGAAAUUCCUUGAAACAGUUGCUCGGAAACAUCGAAAGAGAGUAGUUGAUAUUGUUUGAAGAGCUCCUGUGCAUGAAGCAAACAUAGAGCUGGCUUUUGUACUUCAUACAAGCUACAACACUCGUUAGACAUUUGCACUUAUCUUGAAGAAAAAUUAUGAAGAGGCCAUUCAACGUGUUGAAAGCACCAUUGUUUUAUUUGUAAUGAUUCAGAGUUCAGCAUAACUAAAGAUCUUCUCUCCAUCAUUAACUUGUAUAUCCUAUUAGAUAUAAGGCGAAACUAAAUUCAGGUGACGUUUGUAGAUCAGUAGUAGAACUCUAUUUUCAAUGGAAUUUAUUAUUUCUAGAGUGAUGGUACACGUUCUAGUGUAAUAUUCUCAAAUUUUCUUCCGAUGUAUCUUACUAAAUUGAUAUGGUAACGUAU